CGCUGACGUCAUCCCGCAGCGUCAGACACAGCUGAUAGAAGAUAUUUCUGAAGACGUGUCGCUUGUUUGGACGGGGAUGACAGCAUGGAUCGUCCGGAAACCACCUUUACUCUGGCGUAUGUCGUGUUCGCGCUGUGCUUCGUGUUCACGCCGAACGAGUUCCGCUCGGCCGGGCUCACGGUGCAGCACAUCUUCUCGCCGUGGCUGGGCAGCGAGGACAUGGGCUUCAUCCAGCACCACGUCCGGAGGAGCGCUUUGACCGCGCUGCUGCACUGCUGCCUGCCGCUCGGAUACUAUCUAGGCAUGUGUGUGGCGGCUCCAGACCAGGACCUGCUGCGGGUGCACCGGGCGGCUCGCGGCUGGCAGCUGUACCUGGGCUGGUCUCUGAGCGUGCUGCUGGUCGGCUGUGUCCUCGUGUUCGUCUGGUCCAGACGCGGCUGGGAGAAUCACCCCAUCUGCAGGGCACUCGGCGCCCACGCCCUGCCGCGCUCCAGCUGGAGAGCCGUGGCCUCCUCCAUCAACACGGAGUUCCGGCGCAUCGAUAAGUUCUCCUCGGGCUGUCCGAGCGCCAGAGUGAUCGUCACCGACUCCUGGGUGAUGAAGGUCAGCACAUACUCGCUGCACAUCGCCCUGCAGCAGGACUGUCACCUGACCGUCACCGGCUCCACGCAGCACAGCCUGUCCCCCGAGCUCAACGCACCGCUGCAGAUCCUCACCAUCAGCGUGGCCAGCAUCAACCCCCGCGUCCAGCCCUUCCACAUCAGGUGUGUCCCGCGGAUCCGUGUGUCCUCCUGCGGAGGUGUGUGCGCUGAGCCGCUGUUUCUGUGCUUCCCUCGCAGGCUGAAGUCCACCGAGUACGCAGAGCUGCAGGAGAAACUGCACGCACCCAUCAGAAACGCCGCCAACGUGGUCAUCCACCUGACCAUGAGCGAGCUCUUCCUGGAGACCUUCAAGACGUACGUGAACAUGAACGCGGUGUACGAGUGUCCGAGCGGACAGGAGCUGGAGCCGUGCAUCGGCUGCAUGCAGGCCAGCGCGGGCGUGAAGCUGCUGCGUCUGUGUACGGCGGAGGCUGAGGGAGAGUGUCAGCAGUGCUACUGUCGGCCCAUGUGGUGUCUCACCUGUAUGGGGAAGUGGUUUGCCAGCCGCCAGGACCAGCAGCAGCCGGAGACGUGGCUCAGCAGCAGGGUCCCGUGUCCCACCUGCAGGGCCAAGUUCUGCAUCCUAGACGUGUGCUCCGUCCAAUGAGGAGCGACACCUGAGUGCUGUCAAGACCUCCGUGCCUCUCAAACUACAAACACAUCUGAUGAUGAGAAGAAACGCUUCAGGAGCUGCUCCAGCUCAUCUGUCACCACAAACUCUAAAGAACCAUAAUGAAGCUACUGUAUCAUAUCUGAUUUGAAUUUCUAAGGCUCUGAGAGAUGAGCAUCAUCAAAACUCUGCUGUUAAACCUGCUGCACACAAUCUACUGCAUGCAUUCUGUCUCUGAUUUAUAGUUUGUAUGUUUAUAUCCAGUCAGAGCUGUUUUAGUGUAACUGUAGCUGCUGCUUCUGGUGUCAGAUCUUGAGUGAUUGUGAUCAAGUAAAGGUCAGAAUAACUGCAGUAAUAUCUCCAGAUGAACUCUUACUGGACUGAAGCAGCUCAGCUUUACUUGAUUCUCCAUCAAUCAUGUUUUAGAGU